AAUAUUCAAAACCAGGAAAACCAGAAAGAAAACUUGGACCAGAGGCUCUCCAGCCUGUUCAAGAAGGGACGAAGGAAAACGGUUGUCAGGAAUCUGGGGAAAAUGAUCUAUUACUCCAAGGUCAAGUUUAAGUUUCAGCACUGCCAGGAGGUGAAUGACUGCUUCUUGGAGCUGUUCCAGUCUUACCUGUACUUCCAGUCCGUGGGCUCCAAUGGACUCACCUACCAGGGACUGCUGCCUUUGAAAGAGCUGAAUGUGUGUGAAAUUGAGAACGGGAAGAGCACUGGGCAGGAGGAUCACGCUUUCCGCAUUGCAGGUCCUCUGCUGAAUCCCCUUAUCGUGUUCUGCCCUACUGAGUCAGAGCUGAAGCAGUGGCUUUAUCACCUGGAGAAGCAGAUCCAGCUAAAUGGAGGAAGCCUUAGCUUGCCCUUCCUCUCUCAGGUUAGUAACGACUGGAAGCAGAGCUCCAUGGGGAAGGAGGAGCUGCGGUGGUCCGUGCAGAACAUGCCUGUCCAAGACUGGAGAGGGACCCAGCGGGAAUCCCUAGGCGAUGUCCUCUGUGUUUCCAAAGUGAAGCUUCAGCAUCUGCCUUUCCAGGAGCAGCAUGACCGGCUGUUGGUGCUUUACCCGUCCACGCUGGUGAUAGUAUCUGAAGAGCGCAACAGCCUCUGUUUUAAGGGCGAGCUGCCACUCAACGCCAUCCAAGUGCUUUUUGAAGAGAACGAGAAAACCUCCUUUUUAAUAGAAGGCCGACUAAUCAAUUCGAUCCGGGUGAUCUGCCGCAGCUAUGAUGAUUACCAGGAGUGGCUCUACUGUCUCAAAACAGCCCAGUUUCGAAACGCCGACUCCUCCCUCUCCGGAUCAGAGAGUUUCUCGGGAUCAAAGCUGCCACACCCUGGCCAG